AUGACACACGAAAAACAACAUCAACAUUUAAAUUAUACAGGAGAUCAUUUAAAUUCAGCAACUGUUAGGAGAGCUUUAAAUUCCGAAGAAUUACUUCCUAAACCACCUCAUCUUCUUAAUCGUGUGCCAUCUCCAUCAAAAAAGAAAACCAAGUUAGAAAGUUAUUAUGUUCAUGCCUUACCACCCCAAAAAAUUAAUCCAAAUACCCUUCAUGUCGAUAAGAAAAAGAAUGAAUCACAAUUAGAGGAAAUAGAUAGAAAGAAAUAUACCCUUAAUCCCUAUACAACUGCUCAAACAUCGGAUCUAUAUAACAAGAAACUUCAAACAAAGAGGGAAAUUGAUGAAACUUUUAAAGCAACAAAAACAAAACCGACUCCUCAUGAACAUGAGUAUGAUGCUCAAUUUGAAACAACUUUUAAUACAAUGAUGACAAGAAAGUUAGAUGGAAAGGCAAAAGAAGAUUUGAAUCAACUAACAAAUGGUGAAUAUGGUUCAAGACAAACAUUGGAAACUUUUAAUUCUCAUUACACAAGAUAUGGAAGAAAGAAGAUAACAUUUGAUUAA